AUGGACGAUCGCCGCUCGAAACGCUCUCGUUUUGAUCAGACCGAGCCGGAAGUGCGACGCCCGUCGCGCUUCGACCGCCGCUCUCGGUCUCCCUCAUCGCGACAGUCCGAAUCGACUCGAGCUCGCAGCCCUCUCAGUCGUGAACCUCGGAGCCCUAGCGCAGACCCUGCGAAGAAGACCGAUCCCGCUGCCGCCGCUGCUGCCGCUGCGGCAAAGAUCAACGCCCAGUUGCAAGCGAAGAAGGGCAUCCAACAUGUCGACGUCCCUCCAAUUCGCUCGACCGCAAGCCCCGUACCAACAUCCGGCUCACCUCCCGGCGGCGACGCAUCUGGAAAGUUGAACGCAGAGAUCUACGUUGCUGAUGGAGACUAUAUCAAGGAUAUUGAGAUUAAUGACUUGCGCAACCGUUACACGCUGACCAAAGGCUCUACUCAGAAGAUGAUCAAAGAAGAAACUGGCGCCGGAAGCUCAUCAUUUUUGUUCUCUUUUCAAGAUGUCACUACGAGAGGAAACUAUUAUCCGGAUAAGAGCAUGGCCACCGCCGCGAACCCCCCGCUCUAUCUCCACGUAACGAGCACAAACAAGGAAGGCCUUGAAAAGGCCGUCGCCUUGAUCGACGAUCUCAUGAAGAAAGAGCUCCCUAACCUGGUCGAUGAGCGCCGGUUCCGUCGUCGCGAACCCGAGCAAGUAGAGCGCGAUGAGUACGGUCGUCGCAAAUGGCCCGAGGAGCGCAUCCCCGUCGAUCUCGAACCGAUCCCUGGCUUCAACCUCCGCGCUCAGGUCGUCGGACAAGGCGGUGCCUACGUGAAGCAUAUUCAGCAGAAGACUCGCUGCAAGGUCCAAAUCAAAGGCCGUGGUUCUGGUUUCAUGGAGCCCAGUACUGGCAGGGAAAGCGAUGAGCCGAUGUUCCUGCACGUUGCUGGUCCCGACCCGAAUGAUGUCCAGAGUGCAAAGGCCCUGUGUGAGGAUCUACUAGCCAACGUCCGCGAGCAGUACCAGCGUUUCAAGGAGAACCCACCCCAGCACAGCUACGGCGGUUAUGGCGGCCAGCGCGGAGACCGCUAUCACUACGGCGGAGGUUACGGCGGAGGUGGUGGCGGCGGCGGCGGAUAUGGUAGCAACCAUCACCAGAACUCGCCAUCUACCUCUGCCAGCCCGUCGACUCAAGCCGCAGGUGCUGCUGGCGGUUCGGGAACCGGAACUCCAGACUACAGCGCCCAGUAUGCUCAAUAUUACGGAACCGACCCAUAUGCUGCCUACGGCGGUUACCAGAAUUACCUUGCCUACUACCAGUACUACCAGGCGGCUGCUCAGCAGCAGCAGCAACAGCAACAGCAACAGUCCCAGAGCCCCGCUCCGCCGCCGCCGCCUCCCGCCAGCGAGGCUCCCCCUCCUCCCCCUCCGGGAUCGGGCUCUCCGCCACCUCCUCCGCCCGGCGGUAGCUACAGUGCUGUCCCUCCCCCUCCAGGACUGUGA